CGGUGGCCCGUUAGUGCCGGAGGCCGACCAGCUAGGCGCUGGCGGACUUCGGUGGCGAACGAGAAAAAGAGAGACCCGGAAAGCGGAAGAGAUCGGCGCUGUGGGGCCGGGAGCGCGAGGCGACCCGGAACCCUCCAUGGCCGAGCUUCCAUCUGAGCUUCUUCUCCAGUGAGCUGUCAGCAGUCUGGGAGGAUGGCACUGAGUCACUCAGUGAAAGAGCGGACCAUCUCCGAGAACAGUCUGAUCAUCCUUCUGCAGGGACUGCAAGGCCAGGUCACCACUGUGGACCUGCGGGAUGAGAGUGUGGCUCGUGGACGCAUAGACAAUGUUGAUGCUUUCAUGAACAUCCGCCUGGGCAAGGUCACCUACACGGACCGCUGGGGGCAUCAGGUCGAGUUGGAUGACCUUUUUGUGACAGGCCGAAAUGUCCGUUAUGUACAUAUCCCAGAUGAUGUGAACAUCACCGCCACCAUCGAGCACCAGCUGCAGCUUAUCCACCGGGUUCGCAACUUUGGCGGCAAGGGCCAAGGCCAAGGCCGGCGAGAGUUUCCCACCAAGAAAUAUAAGUGAGCUUAGCCCUUGUGCAGGUCCCCACUUAGUUCUUAGACUCACUUAGUUCCACCUUGGUACUCUUGAACCACUUGUCCACGUUCUCUCCCUGCCCAGAACCAAGAAAGGGAGUAGAGCCAGUUUGAAAACUGGUGCCUGCCAACACCACCUGCCAUAGCUGCCUUCACAGGAUGUCCUCCCAGACUUCUUUCGGGACCCGGAAUCCUGCUUAUUCAUAUGUGGCCUUGCCAUAGGCGACAAUCCCUCCUUUGGAUUCUUUGUUUCUGAAACAUUGAUUUGCUGAUUUCAGGAAUUUGUCGAAUAGUUUUCAACUCUCUCCCAUUCAGGAUUAUUAAAUGUGCUCAGCCUGA